GCUGUCAGCUGUUUUGGCAUGAUGGCGAAUAGACUCACCCUCUUCCAUCUGCUGUUUUUAUCCUUUGCCUCGUUUGCAGCCUGUGACAGAGCCCUUGUUCUCUUUGUUCCUGAAGAAGUUUCCCUGGAAAAGGGUAGCCAGCAAAGCAUCCCAGUGACCUUCAGUGCCCCACCCAAUGAGACUUUGGUGGUAAUAUUCCAUGUGACCUAUUCAUCCAAGAAGAAUGGCACCAUUGUUGAAUUGCCUGACCAAGUAAUAAUAACUGCAGGCCAAAGGGAGGCACAUUUCCCUGUGAGAGCUAAAAAUGUCGGGCAGGUGACGGUAUAUCUGCAGACGAACACCUCCCGCAAAACGGGGCCCAGAAUCCAGUUCUUUGUCAUCCACAGCAAGGCCGUGAGGAUUGUGGACCAGGUGAUUGGGUGGAUCUAUUUCCUGGCCUGGUCGGUUUCCUUCUAUCCUCAGGUGUUUGAGAACUGGAGACGCAAAAGGUAAAGACCCAGCGAUCCUCAGCUGCCAUCCUCUUGAAGUUGCCAGCGUUAGCCCGUAAGAUGGCAUUGAGAGGCCCAGCAGCGGCUGGCAAGGCCCUCCAGAUCAGCACUUUGGUUCCUCCCAGAAGUUGCACUGAAGCCGAGUAAAAAUUGGGCAGCUCCUGUUUCCCUUCUAUUGAAAUGUGUUGCUCCUUUGUUUCCCCAGGUAGAAAUAUUUUUUCUCCCAGGCAUCACUGGAGAGAGGUCAUGGCUAGAUUAAAGUCUUCUGUCCCAGGCAUUCAGCAGUUCCCUGUGUUUCCUUGGCAGCUACUUAAAGAGGCCCACAGAGCUGCUGGACGGCAAGUCUUCUGCUAGGACGUCUCCCCUCAUCCUUCCCAAGUUCUGCUGUGUUUCGGUUUCCUCACCAAACCCUUUAAAUCAUAAGAGCUGAACGGGAUUUUGGAAGUCAUCUUACCCAAUGCCCAGCUCUGUGCAGGCACUAACAACAUAUCAAGAAAAGCUUUAUCAGACUCAGUCAGAUGGCAAAGAGAAACACUGUCCCUUUGGGGUUGUUGUCUGCUCUCAGGUCAUUAAUAUAAAAUGUCUCUGUUCCACAGAGCAAAUUUUGUAGAAGCAGCUGAAGAACCCUUUGCCUCUGACUGGAAUAAAACGUAGAGAAACGUGUUUUGUUGAUUCAUUGUGAUCUGAACCACAUGAGCAUAAGCUUUGUGACUGCAGAGUUUUAGGAAUCUGCCCUCCAGGGCUGCAUUAUGUAGCUCUGUAACAUCCUGAGAGGUGGCUGAUCAGCUGAUUCAGCAGCCAACCUGACCCCUCUCAAUAUAAUAUGUUCUUCUAUAGUAAAAGGUUUCCCCUAAUGGGCCCUUCGGGUCUGAUCCUGUCCUCUGGAGCAGCCCUUUUGCUCUGAAGGAGCAGAGAGCAACACAGCCCAUCUUCUGCUUGACAUCCCUUGAGAAGGCUAAAGAUGACUCUCACGUCUUCCCUCCAUGAUCUCUAGGUUUUGAUUCACCAGUUCUGUCAACUGUUCUUCCCACGACUUGAUUUCCAGACUCCUCACUAUCAGUCCUUCACAGUAGACCAGACUAGGAAACCAAAGACAUGCAAUCUAAUACUAAUUUUAUUAUAAAGAUAUAGUAACAGAAUUUUGCAAGUUUGAAUGUGCUCCCCCCGCUUUGUCUUCGUGAGAACUGGGGAGGGUCAAAUCUGAGAUGCUUACUUGGGUUACAUUCCUGCCCCGGACUCAGCCCUCUUUUAUCUGACUGUUGUCUUGGUAGCGGCUCUUCCUCCUAUCACUCAAGGCCAUUCCCUCUUCUCACUACACUCACUCACCUGGAUGUGGUCCAGUUUAAGUGUCAUCCUUCAACUGCAUCACCCAGAAAUAAUUCCUACAAAUUUUCAUUUUUUCUUUAUGAUCACAAAGGUCUAGACCAAUGUUUUCCCAA